AUGGGAACGUUGAUCGAUAGAUUCGAAGAGCACGAUGGGCCAGUCCGCGGUAUCGACUUCCACAAGACGCAGCCACUGUUUGUCUCAGGAGGAGACGACUACAAGAUCAAGGUGUGGUCAUACCAGACCAGAAGAUGUCUGUUCACGCUCAAUGGCCAUCUCGACUACGUUCGGACCGUAUUCUUUCACCAUGAGUUGCCUUGGAUUCUGUCGGCCUCCGACGAUCAGACAAUUCGAAUUUGGAAUUGGCAGAAUAGAUCCUUGAUCUGCACCAUGACCGGCCACAACCACUAUGCGAUGUGCGCGCAAUUCCACCCCAAAGAGGAUCUCAUCGUGUCUGCCUCCCUAGAUCAGUCCGUCCGCGUGUGGGACAUCUCAGGACUACGAAAAAAGCACUCAGCUCCAACUUCAAUGAGCUUCGAAGAUCAGAUGGCGCGCGCAAACCAACAACAGGCGGACAUGUUCGGGAACACGGAUGCUGUCGUCAAAUUCGUUCUGGAAGGACACGACAGAGGCGUCAACUGGGUCGCCUUUCAUCCAACAUUGCCGUUGAUUGUCUCGGCUGGUGAUGAUCGACUGGUCAAGCUCUGGAGAAUGAGUGAGACGAAAGCGUGGGAGGUUGAUACGUGUCGUGGACACUUUCAGAACGCUUCUGCCUGUCUGUUCCACCCACAUCAAGACCUGAUCCUCUCGGUGGGCGAGGACAAGACUGUUCGGGUCUGGGACUUGAACAAGAGGACAUCUGUACAGUCGUUCAAGCGUGAGAAUGACCGGUUCUGGGUAAUUGCCGCACAUCCCGAGAUCAAUCUCUUCGCUGCGGGUCACGACAAUGGUGUCAUGGUGUUCAAGCUCGAGCGGGAGCGACCGGCCUCCUCCGUGUACCAGAACCAACUUUUCUACAUCACCAAGGACAAGCAGGUUCGGUCAUACGACUUCACCAAGAAUGUCGAGUCACCCUCAUUACUGUCACUUAGGAAGUUCGGCAGCAAUUGGGUGCCUCCUCGGACACUCUCUUACAACCCUGCAGAGCGAUCAGUCCUUGUUACUUCGCCCACUGAUGGUGGUACUUACGAAUUGAUUGCAUUGCCCCGCGAUGCUGCCGGAGCCACGGAUCCCACGGAUAUCAAGCGUGGAUCAGGGAAUGCAGCAGUUUUUGUGGCUCGAAAUCGCUUUGCCGUCUUCAACACUACCACCCAGCUAGUUGAAAUCAAAGAUCUCAGCAAUUCCAGCACCAAGUCUUUCAAGGCUCCCACAGGCACGAUCGACAUCACAUACGGCGGUACCGGGUGCUUACUUCUCAUCACAGCCACAAAUGUCUAUCUCUACGACAUCCAGCAGAAGAAGCAGCUGGCAGACCUGAGCGUUACUGGGGUCAAGUAUGUCUCUUGGUCCAAUGAUGGCCUCUAUGCUGCUUUGCUCAGCAAGCAUAACGUGACCAUUGUCAACAAAUCGCUUGAGCAGGUCAGUACCUUGCAUGAGACGAUCAGAAUCAAGAGCGCCACCUGGGACGACUCUGGUGUCCUCCUCUAUUCGACACUCAACCACAUCAAAUACACCUUGCUGAAUGGUGACAAUGGCAUUGUGAGAACGCUCGACCAGACCGUCUACCUUGUCAAAGUGAAAGGCCGGAACGUCUAUUGCCUCGACAGGGCUGCUAAACCGAAAGUUCUCAGUAUCGACCCCACCGAGUACCGCUUCAAGUUGGCACUCGUAAAACGGAAUUAUGAUGAGAUGCUCCAGAUCAUCAAGACGUCGACUUUGGUAGGGCAGAGUAUCAUCUCGUACCUGCAGAAGAAGGGGUACCCUGAAAUUGCCCUGCAAUUCGUACAAGACCCUCAGACUCGCUUCGAGCUCGCCAUCGAAUGCGGCAACCUGGAUGUCGCUACAGAGAUGGCGAAAGAGCUCGAUAGACCCAAGAUCUGGACACGGCUGGGAGCCGAAGCUCUCGUCCACGGCAACCAUCAAACUGUCGAGAUGACGUAUCAGAAACUCCGAAAUUUCGACAAGCUCUCGUUUCUCUACCUUUGCACAGGCGACGAAGAGAAGCUGAGCAGAAUGGCGAAGAUUGCGGAGCACCGUGGGGAUUUCGUAUCGAGAUUCCAGAAUGCCUUGUAUCUCGGCGAUGUUGAAAGCCGGAUACAGAUGUUCAAAGAGAUUGACCAAUAUCCUCUUGCGUACCUCACUGCAAAGUCUCAUGGCUUGACCGAAGAGUGCCAAUCCAUACUCGAGCUUUCUGGCUUGACCGAGGAACAGAUCUCGAUGCCUGAGUCGGGAGAGCCUCUCGCCCCUCCGAGACCCAUUGUGCCUACAUAUAAAGCAAAUUGGCCAGUCAAAGAAGCCUCGCACUCAUCCUUUGAGAGAGCUCUCCUUGGUGAGGUGGGUGUAGCCGUCGAGGACGAAGCGGGCCCCGAUCUUCUUGGCGAGGAUGUACCUGCCGCUGCAGACGGCGAUGCCCUUGCCCCAGAUGAGGAUGCUGAUGCUGGCGACGGUUGGGAUAUGGGUGACGACGUUGCUCUCGAUGCCACGGGCAAUGAUUCCGACUUCGUCAACGUCGACAAUCCAGACGCUCCCCUCGAAGCUGCUGGUCCAGGCAGUUCCGAAGCAGACCUGUGGUCGCGAAACUCGCCUUUGGCAGCUGACCACGUCGCCGCGGGCUCAUUCGACAGUGCUAUGCAGUUACUGAGUCGUCAAGUAGGCGCUGUCCAUUUCGAACCUCUGAAGUCGCGAUUUCUUGAAAUCUAUCAAGCGUCAAAGACUUUCCUGCCGGCAAAUGCAGGGUUGCCCCCAAUCGUCAACUACGUCCGGCGAACCCUUGAUGAGACAGACAGCAGAAAAUUCCUCCCGCUGAUCCCUAGGAACCUGGAGGCACUGACGAAUACAGAUCUUCAAGAAGGCUACACGGCUAUGAGGACGAACAAGCUGGAGAAUGGCAUUCUCACUUUCCGCUCUUUGUUGCGGUCUUUGCUCGUCAACGUGGUCAGUUCGCAAGCUCAGGUUGACGAAGCCAAGGCACUUAUCACGAAAUCGAUGGAGUACACUCUUGCAAUGAGCAUCGAACUUGAGCGACGGCGCCUUGCUGCUUCUGGUGACGAUUCCACAGAACACCUUAAGCGGCAGCUGGAGCUGUCGGCAUACUUCACCAUGCCAAAACUCGAAGUCUCUCAUCGUCAACUUGCUCUCAUGGCUGCUAUGAAAUUGGCAUUCUCGAACAAACAAUUUUCAAGUGCCCUGUCAUUCGCCAACCGCAUCCUGGCUAACGGCGGUGCACCUAAACUCGUUGAUCAGGCCAAGAAAAUCAAGCAACAAGCCGAGCGAUCAGGUUCUACUGACAAGAUCGACAUAGAGUAUGACCAAUUUGCGGACUUCGACGUUUGUGCGGCUUCUUUCACGCCAAUCUACAGCGGAACGCCAAGCGUGUCGUGUCCUUUCGAUGGUGCGAGGUAUCAUAGCCAAUACAAGGGCCAUGUAUGCAAGAUCUGUGAGGUGUGCGAGGUCGGCGCAGCAGCUAGUGGACUGAGGCUAUGGGUCAAAGGGCUUUAA